CUGGCGCGCAGGGGAGCAGCGCGCAGAACCGCGUCUCCGCGUCCCGGGCGGCUGCAGGGGGCGGGAGCAGCCGGCGGCCGCGUCCCCUUCCGAGAGCGACUUUCAAACUCGCGCCCGCCUCACAGCGCCACCUGGGCAGCCCCGUGCGCCGUGCGCGUCCGGAGCCUCGGAGCGGCGAUCGCGCGAAUCUCCCCGAGGUAUCCUCCCCAGGCAGCGAUGCCAGGAUGCCCAUCUCUGCCACCCUCCAUCGAAACGGCAGCGAGGAGCGGCCAGCAAGCCUGACAUCCACCACCUCUUCCUCCGGCUCCUCCCAUGACAGUCGAAGUGCCAUGGAAGAGCCUGCUGGCCCCGAGGCUGCACCCCAGAACGGGCAUGGCCCCAAUAGCAACAAUAACUCCAGUGGCUGGCUGCAUGCAAAGGGACCCGUGUCCCCACUCAGUGGCCGGGCGAUGGGGACCUCGAACCACAAGCUCAGCUAUCUAGGCCGAGUGGUGCGGGAGAUCGUGGAGACGGAGCGUAUGUAUGUGCAGGACCUUCGCAGCAUCGUGGAGGAUUACCUCUUGAAGAUCAUCGAAACACCCGGGCUACUGAAGGCGGAACAGGUCAGCGCACUCUUUGGGAACAUAGAGAGCAUCUAUGCACUGAACAGCCAGCUGCUGAGAGACCUGGACAGUUGCAACAGUGACCCAGUGGCUGUGGCCAGCUGCUUUGUGGAAAGGAGCCAAGAGUUCGACAUCUACACCCAGUAUUGCAACAACUACCCCAACUCGGUGGCUGUGCUGACCGAAUGCAUGAGGGACAAGCAGCAGGCCAAGUUCUUCCGGGAGCGGCAAGAGCUGCUGCAGCACUCGCUGCCCUUGGGCUCCUACCUGCUGAAGCCCGUCCAGCGCAUCCUCAAGUACCACCUGCUGCUUCAGGAAAUUGCCAAACACUUUGAUAAAGAAGAAGAUGGCUUUGAGGUAGUGGAAGAGGCCAUUGACACCAUGACCUGUGUGGCCUGGUACAUCAAUGAUAUGAAGAGGAGACACGAGCAUGCCGUCCGGCUCCAGGAGAUUCAGUCUCUGCUCAUCAACUGGAAGGGCCCAGACCUAACCAUCUAUGGGGAGCUUGUCCUGGAGGGCACCUUCCGUGUGCACCGGGUGCGCAACGAGAGGACUUUCUUCCUCUUCGACAAAGCACUGCUCAUCACCAAGAAGCGGGGAGAUCACUUUGUCUACAAGGGUCACAUCCCGUGCUCUUCCCUGAUGCUGAUUGAGAGUACCAGAGACUCCCUGUGCUUCACUGUCACUCACUACAAGCACAGCAAGCAGCAGUACAACAUCCAGGCCAAGACGGCAGAGGAGAAGCGGAGCUGGACGCACCACAUCAAGAGGCUCAUCCUGGAGAACCACCAUGCCACCAUUCCCCAGAAGGCCAAGGAAGCAAUCUUGGAAAUGGACUCCUAUUAUCCCAGUCGGUACCGCCGCAGCCCAGAGCGGCUGAAAAAGGCGUGGUCAUCCCAGGAUGAGGUGUCUACUCAGGCGCGCCAGGGCCGCCGGCAGUCUGAGCCGACCAGACACCUGCUCAGGCAACUCAGCGACAAAGUGGUGGUGUCAGCAGCCAGAAUAGCAGGAAUGAAGCAUGCGGGCAGUGCUGGCGCCCUCCUGGACUUCGAGCGGCCACCCCAGAGCCGGGGCCUGCAGCCCGAGGCCGAGGGAGCUGCUGGAGAGGAGGAGGAAGAAGAGGAAGAAGAGGAGGAGGUGGUAGAGGAAGAGGAGGAAGAGGAGGAGGAGGAGGAGGAGGAGCAGGCCUUUCCGGUCUCUUUGGAGGACCUGGCUGGGAAUGGAGGCAGCAAAAAGGGGGCCAGGACAGAGCCCCCAGGCUCGGAGGAGGAGGAGGAGGAGGAGGUGGUGGAGGAGAGUCUGGCCGUGGCAGAGCAGGUAGCUGACUUUGCCAGCUCCCUGCUGGCCGCCCUCCACUGCUGGCACUAUCGGGCCAACGCUUUACUUUUCUCCCGGGGUGCUAUGGGGAAGAGACGCAGCAAGUCUGAAGGCCCCAAGAACUGCAGAAGGACCAGUGACCGACGGUCUCCAACCAGUGCUGGAAAACGCGUGAGCUUUGAGUCCGUCUCCUCCCUCCCAGAGGUUGAAGCAGGUCCUGGUCCUGGGGCCGAUCAGGAUGUCUUUGCUGUCAUGGAAGGUCCUGGUUCCGAGGAGAUGCCUUCAGACACAGAGCCACCUGAAGUCCCGGAAAUAGAACUUGAGACUCACCAGGAGCUGCUGGGGAUGGACCAACUGGUGGACAUGGUGGACUUUGUGGUGGCCGAGAGCACUGAGGACCUUAAGGCCCUGAGCAGUGAGGAGGAGGAGGAGGAGGAGGUGGGGGCAGCCCAGGAGCCCGAGAGCCUCUUACCACCCUCUGUGCUAGACCAGGCCAGUGUCAUUGCUGAUCGGUUCGUCAGCAGCUUCUCUCGGCGCAGCAGCGUAACCCCGGAGGAUGGCAAUGGCAAGUCCGGUGGCUUUGGGACACCACGGCUGGUCAGCCGGAGCAGCAGCGUGCUCAGCCUGGAGGGCAAUGAGAAGGGCCUGGCCCGGUGGGGCAGUGCAACAGACUCCCUGGGCUCCCAGUCUCCCCCAGAAGUGGGCAAUAGCAUGGGGGUUGCCACACAGAGUGGCCUUUCUGUCACCGAGACAGAGUCCCCAAAGGCAGGCUGCCCAGUGGAGCCUGACAGAUCUUCCUGCAAGAAGGAGUCGGCACUCUCCACCCGAGAUCGGCUUUUGCUGGAUAAAAUUAAGAGCUACUAUGAGAACGCAGAGCAUCACGACGCGGGCUUCAGUGUCCGGCGCCGGGAGAGUCUCUCCUAUAUCCCCAAAGGACUGGUGCGGAACUCCGUCUCCAGGAUCAAUAGCCUUCCGGGGCCAGACCUGAAGCCAGCAGCUCCAGCAGGGUCCAAGAGACAGAGAGGCUCCCGAGUGGCAUCAUGGGCCUUGUUUGACCUCCCAGGGCUCAAACAGGUGGGCACAGAAGACCCAGCUCCUGUCACAGACACUGAGUUCCGCCCGUUGUCAGAAGUUGUGAAGAUAUGGGAGACAAUGGAGUCUGCUGAGCGAAGCCCCCGGCCAGGGCCAGGCCAGGCUCAGGCCAAUGGCUUUGACCUCCAGGAGCCGCUCUUCAUCCUGGAGGAACAUGAGCUGGGGGCCAUCACGGAGGAGUCAGCCACUGCCUCGCCAGAAAGUGUCUCGCCCACCGAGCAGCCCAGCCAAGCCCACCUGGCCCGGGAGCUGAAGGAGCUGGUGAAGGAGCUGAGCAGUGGGGUUCCGGGGGAGCUGGUUACCCCGCUGCACCCACGCAUUGUGCAGCUGUCCCACAUGAUGGAUGGCCACAUGAGCGAGCGUGUCAAAAACAAGGUCUACCAGCUGGCCCGCCAGUACAGCCUCCGGAUCAAGAGCAUCAAGUCAGUGGCGGCCAGACCAUCGCCGCAGUGGGAGAACGUGGCUCCAGACCUGGACAGGAAGAGCUCCCCUGUCCCCUGCCUGCAGCUGGAGGCUCCAGAGCUGUGUGGUGGCAAAGGCCAGAGGAAGCCCGUGCUGUCCCUUUUCAGCUGUGAGCAGCUGGCAGCCCAGGACCCCAGCCCUCCCAAGCCCUCCUCUGCUGGGGAGACGUCGCCACGGCGCUUCUCCGUCAGCACCUCUGCGGCCAGUGCGAGGACCCUCUCACCAGGGGCCCGGCUUUCCACACGGAGCCCCCUGAGCCCCUUUGACACCGAGACCUUCCACUGGCCCGACGUCCGAGAGCUGUGCUCCAAGUAUGCCCAUGAAGGGGCUGUCCAGACAGAGGGCAGCCGGCCCAGGGCCCCGCCGGUCAGCCGGAGCCGCUCAGUGCCCGAGAGCAUGGUGGAGCCUCCGGUGGUGGGCAGGGUGGGCCGCUGCAGCAGCCUGCGCACCAGGAGGGGUGCAGGAGGAGGGGAGGAUGCCCAGCUUCUGCCUCCUGGGCUGAACGGAGACGAGACCCUGUGUGUCACUGCAGACCUCACCCUGGACAACCAGCAGCGGGUGAUUGUCCUGGAGAAGCGGCCCCUUCCCAGCCCCACUGUGGGGCCCGAGGAGGAGGGUGGUGUGCAGGGACCAGCUUCCCCAGAGGCUGAGGAGGGACGGGGCCCAGACUCAUCAGCACAUUGGCUGAAGGAAAGAGGACCCAGGGACCCAGCGGACCCAAACAAGCAGGGCCGAGUGAAAAACCUGAGAGAAAAAUUCCAGGCUUUGAACUCUGUGGGUUGACUGAGUCCUGUGGGAGGGAGGAGCCAUGUUGGGAUGGAGAAGAACCUGCGUGUCCAUGAAGCCUGGCCCUUGCCAUGGAAGAAGGCUCUGGUGUGAGGUGGGGCUGGUGGCCCUGGGGCUUGUGAUAACUUUGAUCUGGCUCUCCCAGAUGAGCUGUUCUUCCCCUCUGAGGCUUGUGUGGCCACCUCCCUUGUAAAUAGUCCUCCCCUGGAGAGAAGCCACAUAUUUAAGCUCCCCUCUGCCCAGGGAGAGAAAGCAUCGCUCAGGCCUCUGGCCUUGGCUGGUCAUUUCCAGCCUGAGGACCUGGAGAAGGCCCCAGAAGUGGCUCAGGCAGUCUGUACUCUUAACUGUAUCUUUUCUUAGGACUUGGGGCAGAAACCAGACCAAUAAUUUAUUGCUUUUCAUUCUGUGGUGUGUGUGCGUGCGUGAGGGAGUGUGUGUCCUGUUGUGUAUUCCCCUCCUGUGAAGAAUGUGACAGAUUUAGUGCAGGUACUUGGAGGGUCGUUGUGGGUCCUGCUGUUGUUGCCAAUGUACACGUUUCAUUGUUUGCCAAUGGCACAAUAACCACUGCUGACCAACUGA